GUUAAACUCCGGGCUCGAUUCGUUUUGCUUCGCAAAAACGAAAGCAAACAGACGGAUUUCCUGGAAAUUCGCUUUCCUUACAUCAUCGCUUCCCCUCCCCUCAUAUCACAGAACGGGGAUCGCCGCGCUCAGUGCUGGGCGGGCACUCCUUGCUCCGGUGUUGUUUCGUGAGUCCGUGGUGCUCGGAGGUGCUGCGAGGAUGUUACAGACGGCAGCCGUGAAACCGAUCAUCAAAGUCGUCAUCGGGAGCGGCGUUGCAACAGGAGCGGUACUCGUGGGAGUCCCGUUAGCCGUUUGGUCGCUGGGCUUCACGGCUGCCGGCAUCGCCGCGGGAUCCAUAGGCGCCAAGAUGAUGUCGGCUGCGGCCAUCGCCAACGGCGGCGGGGUGGCUGCGGGCAGCAUCGUGGCCGUGCUGCAGUCGGUCGGAGCCGCCGGGCUCUCUCUUGGUGUCAAACUCGGCUUGGCCUCCGUGUUUGGGCCGCUCGGUGCGCUCAUCGGUUCGAAGAUCCCUUAAGGGAUGGAUGGAAAAGCUCAGAAACGCCGGGAGGCGGCACGGCCGUUGCUGCGUGAUCGGCGACGGGAGCGCAUCGCCCAGCCGUGAGUGCGCGAGAACAAUAAAGAGACCGCAGAGAAACCGCA